ACUUCUAAUUAACAUGAUUUCAGACCCGCAGUGUUGACGGGGUGUGUUGCAUUUUAGCGCAUUUGCCAGCAAACAUGUUAAAAUACAUUUGUGUCCUGUCUACAGGUAACAAGUUAGGACAAGUUUCCGAAAGUUUCAACAUUUAACUGGAAUUAAAAGUGCUGAUUGCUGUACUUUUACCCUGGCUGGGCCUGGGCGUCACAGAUGGGUUUUCUGGGGCUCUGAGAGCAGCUGUGAGGCACACACUCAGUAUCGGCAAACACUGCAUCACAGGUGAGCAGCUGUAGCUGGAAGGCGGUGGCUCCGUGGGUUUGCUGGGCAGCACCAUCCUGACUUUCCAUCAGCCCUAUCUCAGCCCUCCCACUUCCCGACAGAAGAGCAUGAAACCAAUCUUGGGCAAAGCAUUCUGCAAGAAGUCACGUGUGGAAGCGCUGCUGACAAGCCAACUUUGGGGGUGCAGCGUGCCACUGGAGAUCAGGCAGUGGGAUAGGGUGAGACAUCGCCUUUGUUAUGGCAAUGGGAGGGAAACCCAGAGCUGCCCUUUCUCGUUCACUUUUGGGCAUCUCAGAGCUGCCCCUCAAUUGAUGCUCUUAGAAAUGUUACCACAGCACGCAAGGGAUAUAACUACUUGCUGACACAGCUCUUGUUCUAGAUGCCAAAAUACACUUAUAGUGGAGUCAUUAUUUUUUUUUCAUACGCUAAACCUCUGUAAGCACCUGGUACAUCAUUGGUCCUGUCAGAGAAACAGUGCAAGAUGGUCACUGUGGGUCCCUUCCAACACAGGACAUUCUAUGAUUCUAUUAUCUUUGUGUGUGGAAGCUGCUGCAGCACAAUGGUGCGUUGCACACUCAUAUCUCAUUAGUCCUGCAGUACAUCAAUCAAGGUGGGGGGUUGGUGGGGUUUUUUGUUUGUUUGUAUCUUUUUUUUCCCCCUUUCUUUUUUUUCCCUUUGGAAGGAGAUGAAAAGAUCAAGAACUUAAGUGAAGUGCAAGAUUAAGAAUGAGGAAUCUCCCCUGCAGGGUAUCUGUUCUUGCUGGCGUCCUAAAGGUGUGGUGUGACAGCGAGCAGCCCAGUGGCUGCUGGGCCAUAGGCCAGCCACAGGGUUACAUCUGGUGGUGGCACCUCUCAUCAAGGGGUCCCUGUUAGAACAGAGCUGUCCAGGUUGCGAUGCACUGGGACUGACAGACAGUCUGCAGGUAUUCCAGGCUUCUUGUUUGUCUGCUCUGGAGAACAACUUGAGGAUCUGAGAGUCCAGAAUAAUAUCAAACAAAAACUUUUCCUUCUCUUUUUUUCUUUAUUCCAAAGUUGUAAAACAGAAAUGGUUGAAAACCACACCGAGUUUGCAAAGCAUGUGCUGCCAAAACUCCCACAGCUGCUCUGUGCAGUCUUUCAGUGCCACCGCUCUGAGAUCCACGCAUUGCUACAGCAGAAAGGGAACUCGUAGAUGCCCACGCAGGUGAAAUCCCGGUGCAGGUGGACGGACGGAUGGCUUCUAGUGGCGGCUGUGAGGUCCUGGCACCUUAAAGGAGGUGAUCUCCGUGAGCUGGUAUCUCGACUAGCGUGAAAAAGACAAAAUAUUUUAAAAAGAAGAAGAAUCACGAUCCAAACGAAGAGGGAGCAGACCAAGCCCCGAGCUCGGAGUUCCCUCGGGAAGUGGUUCAUGAAGAUCUCCGCCUCUCCGUCGCGCAAACGCCCGCCGAGUAACCGCGGUGCCCCGGCCGCCUUCCCCAAGCGGGCGUGUCCGGGCGGGGGGCGAGGGGGGGGUUCCGGCCACCGCUGCGACCCUGCUCCCACCCGCCGCGGGGCCGCAGGUGACGCCGCCCGCGGGAGGCGGCUGCGGACCGCAGCACGGAAAGCGCCCCAGCACCGGGGGAGCCCCGGGGCGCGGCGGCCCCUCCGCCCCUCCCGCCCCGCCCCACGGAGGGCGCGGGCACGCGUGGGCGCCCCGCGGGGGCCGCUCGUCUCUGCUCGGCCGAGACAAAGGGAGCGGCUGGCAGCGGUGGGGCCGGGCGGGGGGCGAUGCGUAAUGGCAGAUGCUUCCUUUUGCCCGAAUAAAAAAAAUACAAAAACUCACAAUAAAAAGAAAAAAAAAAAUACCCCCAGCCCCCAAUAUUCCCUGGACCGAUUCCCUGCAAAUCACUGCUUCGGGGACGCAGCGGUCACACAAAGCCCCUCGGCACCGGGCGAUCAGCAGGGGGAGGGAGGUGGGCGGCGUGGCCGGGCGUCCCCGCUUCGCAGCCCUUCGUUAUGGGAAUCGCUUCUCCCUCCGCGCUUAUAAGCAGCGGGCGUGCGGGGUGCGAUGAGCCGCGCGUUGGGGAAGGGCCGUUCUGACGCUGUGC